AGUGCCAUUAAGCUGUGAUAUACUUUCGAUUUUAAUGACGAAAUGUUCUAUAUAUGCUGUUCAGAUUAACUUUAAGCAAAUUUAAUGUUUGACGGACAAAAAUCUGCGGAAUAAUUAUUCACCACUGGCAUCCGGAGAGUAUGGAAAAGGCAUCAGUGAUCAAAACUGUCAUCAUGACAGCGAAUCAGUAUAGAUUCAGCAGGAACAACUCCAACAUGGUUUUAUUCCAACACCAACUGGAUGUCCUCUUGGGCAUAACUUCUCGUGGAUCAGAUUUGAAGUUUUUCCAUCCUCGAAACCUUUUACCUACAGAAUGUUUGACUGUGAUUAUUGAUAUCUUGAGUGAGACCAGUGAAAUGAAGCCGUCACUUGUCAUUAAGUGUCUUCAGCUUCUGAGAAACCUAGCUGCAGAAAAAGAAAUUCGAGAAUCUUUCCACGAGUCAUUUAAUCUGACACCUGUCUUGGUAGAGAUAAUCAAGCAUAAUCCUUCUGUUAAUCCAUUAUGCAUGGAGUCCCUUCAUCUGUUACAAAUAAUAAUAUAUGGACAUAAAAUGAUACUCCAGGAAUCUUAUGUGCAAGACCUGCUAGAAUUUAUCAUUCCACACAUAACUGACCCUGCUGAGGAUUGUACAGAGGUCUGUCUGGGACUGUUAGUCAAUCUGUGUAAAGACAACUUUGCUGUACAGUCCCAUCUCAAAAACAUGGAACACUCCAAACAGUUGAAGAGGACCUUGUUGAAUCAUAUGUUAGGAUCUGAGAGUAGCCUAGAUUUUGUCAUUUAUUCUUUCUCUGUGGUCACUAGUGUUUGGCUUCAUGACCAGGAAUAUGACAGGAUUUUUAACCCAUCCAACCUGAAAUCAGUGUUCAAGUCCAUCUUUAACAUCAUCUUGAAGAGAGAGACUUGGAUGUCACGGAGAUAUGGUGUGGAUCUGUUUAAAGAAAUGCUCAAGGACGGACAAAUACAGGGUGAAUUGUCCAAAUUCAGUCGUCUUCCAGUUUAUAUAGAUGGAAUACUGAAAUUGAUUCCUGCAAGCACUCCAGAAACAGUAGUUAUGGUGUUUGAGUUGCUGCUGUGUUUCUGUUCUGUAGAGGGACUAAGAUGUUUAAUAUGUAGAAGUGUGUUGUCCACACUAGAUUUCGGGGUUAGGCCUCAAUUCUCAGACAUGUUGAUUGGUCCAGUUCAUCAGGUCAAGGAACCAUUACUGGCCAUAGUUCACUGGGCAAACCAAUCCCCGGACACCCAUGAUGAGGCACCCAUGUAUGCAUUGGAUUUCCUCACGGAAAUUUAUGAGGAACUGAUUUAUUCCAACACCAGACUGAAGUACUCUGUUCAUGCAGACCUUGUUUUACCAGUGUUAUUAUCCGCACUGAAUUCAGAAGUUGAUAUAGACAGUGAAAUGUGUAUGCCAAAGAAACAGUGCAGAAAGAAAGUCAAGUCGCUACAGCUUCUAUCUGUGUUAUCUGGAGAAGAUGACAUCAGGAAGAAGAUGGUGGCCAUGUUUAGUCCCUCUGUUUACACAGAGUUACUGAACUUCCAGCUGACCAAUAACCGAGUCACACGUCAUAUCAGUAAUGUGGCCGUGGGGUGUGAAGAUUGGAGUGAAGACGGGGUACAUAUUGUGAUAUUUUGCCUGGAGCUGAUGUCCAAACUACGGAAGUAUAUGCCAAAUUUGGAUGGCUUGUUCUGUUCAUUAUUACAGGACAGUAAGCUGGUUCCCUUCCUGUCAGCUGGAAUGACUAGCCCUGAUCGUACUGUACUACAGACAGCAUUACAGCUCUUCACUAUAGGCACUACACUGGACGCUUUUCCUACCGUUUUAAUUGGAGAUUCUAUGGCAAGUUGUAUUGCCAGGAAGAAUGAAGUCACAGAAAAUAUAAAUGCUGCAUCUCUGACUCAAGGAUCAAAGAUGAAGAGUACACGGUCCCCCUCUCUCUCAUAUAAUAGCGCAGGGGAUUUCUCCAGAUCCUUCAAUGGUGAACAUGAGGCCUCUGUCCAGGCGAUUAUUGACAAAAUGCAGACUGGAUUAGAGAAUGGAUGGGAAGAGUUUACAAAAGCAAUAAAGGACAUCAACAGAUCUGAAAUCAUAGACAUCUAUGAACACAAAAUUCAAGGCUAUCAGACCAGGGAGAAUCACCUCCAGGAUCUACUUGAUGCUAAAACUCUGGCUCUAUCUCAGGCAGAUAGACUGAUCGCCCAGCACAGAUCACGACGAGCUCAGAAUGAAGCAGGGGCUCAUAAAAUGGGAAAGUUAUUGAAGGAAUCUGAGUUAAAGUCGGAGGAACACAGAGAACGACUGAAUGAGAUCAUGCUACAGAAAGAAAAACUCAGUUUGGAGUUAGAGCACCUGUCUCAGGAAUAUCAAAAAUUAGAACACAUAUCAGAGGAGCAUCAACAACUGACAGCAGCCUAUUCAGAUAUAACACAGCGGUAUGAGUCUUCUCAGAAAUCCCUGUUGUCUCUCAAACAAGAGCUAAAAACUUUGACAGAAAUGCAUGAGAUUUUACAGAAACACAAUGUAUCACUGAAACAGCAGCAUGACUUGGCAUCUGAACAAUCAUCCAAACUUCAAGAGGAGAGAAAAAAUUUAUCAAAACAUUUGAAAGAGAAAGAAGGAAAACUUCAAGAAUUAACAAAAAAUUACACCAAGUUAGAAUCCAAAUAUGAGAAGACAGAGAAAGAGAGGACAGAACUGGAAAUAGGGUUGGAUAACCUUAGAGACACGGUCAACAAGACAGAGCAGGCAAAGAAACAGCUUCAACAAAAGGUUUCAGCAUUGGAAUUGGUGUGUAAGCAACAUGAAGCUGACUUGCUGUCUAAGGAUGAGCAGAUCAAGGAUCUGAGGACUAAUCUAGAGAAACACACACAAAUAGCAGCUCUUAUACACAGUCUGAGUAGUGGCAAGUCUGAGUCAGGGGCCAGUGUUACCAAGUGAAUAGAGUGGACAUCUCUGAAAAGAAAAAUAGAUCUGGAACUAAUGAAAUAAUUACUCAGGACAAGGCUAUAUGAUAUUUUCACUCAUCAAAGCUGUGUUAGUGUGAUUGUCCUGUAUUUAUUAAGUUUUAGUUGUGAUAUUUUUAUGCAGAGUGCCAGUAUCAAUCAGUAAAUAAUAAAUACAUGAUAUAGAAAGCAGGUCAUGGAUGUAAAUGUAAGUUACAUGGUACAUGUAUUAAUAGACAGCUUAAUAGCUGACAAGCUAAAACUGAUUGUCUCAUAACAUACAGGACUUAAAUCCAUAAAUACUUUAUUUCUACAUGAGUGAUACAUGUAUAAUGCACAUUAAUUAUGAAAAUGUGUAAUUUUUUAAAGUGAAAAUUACCUAGAAAGUUAGUGAAUUCUACUUUUAAUAAAAACAUUAUUUUAAAGUACUGGAAAUUUAGAAUUUUUUUUGAAGUUGUAUAAUGCAAGUGCUGUCCACUUUAUUUUUUGUUUAUAAUAUAACUGAAAGGUAUCCAGUAAUGCUGGAUAUGCACUAUUGUUAUUGAUAAUAUUUAAAUGCACUACUAGGCUCAGACACAGGAAGAAGGACAAAAUUUCAUUUACAAUUUUGUUUCUGUUUAUAUAUAAAUGCCUCUCCCUCUCAUCCACCUGUGAUUUACAGGUCUUUUUUAAACAAUAUUCUCUCUCUAUCAUGUACCAACAAUUUAUUUAGUAUUAACAAGAUGAUUUGAUGGUAGAUACAUUUCAUAUAUAUUUUAUUUAUUAAUAUUACUUUCUAUAGUUAAU